UUUAUUCGGAUCAGUUAAUUUGUCGGCUGUGUCACAGUCACUUUUAAACAGUGCAACUACUCGGACAUAAUAUUUACAUAGUGAUAGAACGCUUACGUAAUCGUUGCUUUUUUCAUUGAAUGCACGUAUGUGCAUAUAUAACAUACAUUCUAUCGUCAAUACGAGAAAUUAGGGUUAGAUAAAAGUGAGUUAUCGGAUGUGUUUUUACAUUAUUAUACAUAGCACUGUGCCAUUAUGACAGAUUCAAGUUAGAUUCAACAGUUGUUGGAAUAAAUAUAAAAUUCUAUUUCGAAUAUAUCGAGAACCAUUGCCACCGGUGCCAUGGCGAAAACCGAGAGCACGGUACCAGGUUUACAACCACUUCCUGGAAGGAACAAAGCGUUCAAGACGCCGUACGCGUUUCUCGAAGGAAGAAGGCAAAUAGACGGCGCGGAAGGUUUAUGGCGGAUCGGAAAUAAUUUGUACGAUCUGGAAACUUUCGAGAAACAUCAUCCUGGAGGGAAAGAAUGGAUCAGCCUUACUAAAGGGACUGAUAUAACAGAACUUUUCGAGGCACAUCAUCUGACUGAGAAACCUUCGAGGAUCUUACCCAAAUAUUUCAUAAAGGAGGCAGUUUCGUCACGGUCAGUGCCACUGACGUUUAAACCAAAUGGAUUCUACUAUACGUUCAAGAAACGCGCACUCGAAGCUUUGAAAAACGUCGAUUUCCAUCGGCCGUCGAAGAAGUCCAACGCUAUUGCUGAUCUUAUGGUUACUUUAACUAUCGCUAUCAGCCUCGCUGCAGUUUUUAUGCAGUCUCGUGUAAUCGUCGCUGCUGCUGGUAUUUCUCUUGCGUGGACGACGAUAAUCGCUCACAAUUAUUUCCACAUGAGGGACAAUUUUAGGAUGUACUACUUCGAUCUGUGUGGAAUGUCAUCUAAGGAAUGGCGCAUAACGCACGCCAUGAGCCAUCAUACUUAUCCUAACACUGUUUGGGAUUACGAGAUUUACAUAGUCGAGCCAUUAAUCCAGUGGCUUCCAGAUAAAGAGAAGAGCACGAUUAAAAGUUUCAUUAGCCAAAUUCUGAGCCCUGCAAUUUGGACAAUAUUUUUCAUCGGUCAAUUAAUUAAAAGAUACUACUCUGCGUAUUAUGAAUUCAAAACAUUUGACCUCCGUGACGUUGUACCAUUCGUACUGCCCGUAUUAAUGUCUUCCGUCGCGCCGAGCAUUCUCGUUGCUGUGAAGUACUGGUUACUGAUCCUUGUCGUAAGCAGCUUUGUAUUCUCCAUGAUUGGCUUCAACGCAGCACAUCACCAUCCGGACAUCUUCCACGACGGUGACAUAUACAGGGAUGAUCUUGACUGGGGCUUGCUCGAGCUGGACGCUGUCAGGGAACGAAAAGUGGUCGAUGAUUCCGAUUUCCUUGUACUGACUAACUUCGGGCAGCACGCUCUGCAUCAUUUACUGCCGACCGUGGACCACUCUUAUUUGCCUCUGUGUAUAGACGCCUUCCAAAAAACGUGCAAAGAGUUUGGCAUCAGCACCGAGAAAUAUACACAAUGGGAACUCGUAAAGGGCCAGUUCAGACAGCUAAUGCGCAAAGAGCAAAAGAAGAACCACAGAUAAAAGAAAAGUAGAACGCGCAGCUGAUGUUCUCUGCUUCUCCACGUUCUCAGUUUUAAAGACUGAAGUAGUUUCUCUAAUGAAUCGUACAGAAUCCCACGAUUCAUUAGAGAUAUUUUUAAGAAAAUCUUAAUCGACAGUUGAAACACGUGCGUAAGAAAUACAGAACGUAUUUACUGGAAUCUUACAACAGUUCUAACGUUCAAAGUUAUGAUUGAUAUUUACAAUCAACAUUUAUCAUCGAUUAACCCUUUGCACUCGGAAGUUUCUCACUAGAAAUGUUUAACAUUUUUUUCACAAGGCGAAGACAUUCCUUAAAACUAACUCGAUGGGAAAUCAUAAGUAUAUUGAGGAACGUAGCUAUGUUAUUCCAAUAUUUCACGUAUCGAGGCAUUAUAAAGUUCCAUAUUAAAUAUUAGAUUUUAUAGUUUUACACGUCAAAUCAGGGAGUGACUGAGAUUCGCCUUCCGAGUGCAAAGGGUUAACAUUGUAAUGGUUUAAUUUUACUCAGCCUAGAGUUCUAAUCGAUUUUUGUAUUUUAUGUAUAGUCAUAAUGAAUGCUCAGUAAAAUAAAUGAGAGUAACGAAU